UCCAUUCUGUUACUUUGUUAAACAAACGACAUGGUAAGCUUUAUUCCAAAGUUGUACACCGAUAUACUAACAUGGUGAUCCUUACAGAGCGUUUUACAAGUUUUCUUGUUUGCUUCACAUUUACAAUUCAUGUGUUUGAUGCAAAGUCUUGCAAAGGGCGAUCAUGUGCUGUACGGAUGCCAUUAAUAGACAAUAUGAAGGCUCCACUUGUAGCAGAACUUGACGUCUCCGAAGUUAAUAGAGAAUUGAAACAGUACAUCGAGAUAAGUAUUAAUUCAACGUACAAUGAGAAUAUUGAGGAAAUGAUUAUUAAAAACUUAGGGGUGCUCAAGUCUAUGAUGUUAAAGGAAUAUUCAGACGAAAAAAAUAGGACAAAACACAUGUAUGAUAUUCAAAUUGUUAAUAUGAUUGAUAGUCUUCAAGCAAGACAUGACUAUCUACAAACGGAAUUAAAGGAGUAUUCCUCUAAUUUAUCUAUUUCUGCGGAACACUUUGAGCAAAAAUUGAUAGAUUUGGUACGUGAUGUCGAGGGAAAAUUCGAUGCAAUGUUUCUUAAUAUGACCAGCCAUUACAAACAAAAAAUCAAUAUACUUUCCGAACGUUUGAAGAAAGAAUUCGUCGAUUUUCAAAACAGUACAGAUGAAUGGAAAUAUAACGUCACUCGAACAUUAUUAGAACAUGAAAUUAUUGAAGUGUCUUUAAAUGGCAGACACACAGAGCAAAGUUCAGAAUAUAACUCCAGGUAUCCUGCACGUAAUGCCGUUGAUGGUGAUCUUUCAACAUUCUCACAUACUUCAUCACAAACAAAUCCAUUCUGGUUUGUUGACAUUGAAACAGUGUAUACAGUGAAAAGAAUAGAAGUUUUUGUUCGUAUAGACUGUUGUGGAGACUACAUUCAUGAUAUGGAUAUCACAGUUGGGCAAACGACUAAUAAUAUGACAAUGUGCACACAUUAUAAAGGACCUGCUAGUACCAAGGAACAACUCAUGUUAAAAUGCAAGAAACCUGUAAAUGGUCGAUUUGUCAAACUAUCAAUAUUUGGAGAAAACUCUGUGAUGGCACUCGCAGAAGUCAAAGUAUUUGCUUUUGUUUGAAUAUUUGAUAAACGUGUAAAGAUAAACUGCAUCCGAAUGAACAAUUUCAAACUGUCUACAUCAAUGUCAUAAUAUAUUUAUAUACCUGUAUUGAAGAAAUUGUAAAGUAGUGAUGCAUUUUUAUUCCUUGUAGUUCUUUUAUAGUGAUUGGAAAUUCCUUUUUUGUGGAAACUAAUUCCCCAAAGUUGGUAUCCAACGAUUAAACUUGAUAUGUAGAUAUGUAUGACAUACAUGUCUACCUAGAAAAAUAAAUUUAAUAAACAGUAAAAGAAAAAUAGUUGAUUAGAAUCUCAUUGAGAAGCUGAAGUUUAUAACUACACAUCAUUAGUACAAGCAAAAGUAUAACACAAAUACGUCUUAAACUUGCAGCGAGGUGAGAUUUUUUUUUUUUAUCCGUGUUGAAGGCACCACUGUGACUUUGAGAUGUAAAACAGCAAUAAAAGCGCUGGUUUUUUUUUU